AUGCCCACGCCGUCGACGACGCCGUCGUCGACGCCCCGCCGCAUUUUAGACACAGACGCCGUCGAAACACUCCUGAAACAGCAGGGCGUCGACGACGCCGAGCAGGCUUAUGUACUGGAAGCGUGCAACGAAGGUUUUGAUCAAAUACUGGACCUGAGCGCGUGCCCCAAGUUGAGGACGUUAAACGUGAACGGGAAUCGGUUGAAGGACCUGCGGCACCUGCAGGGCGCGCCGCACCUCCGCGAACUGAAGGCAGGAAAUAAUCGCCUAGAAGAUGCUGAUGAUGUGGAGUUCUGCAAGGAACUCGAGACGCUGCAUCUGCACAACAAUCCGGGCCUCGAGAAGGCGCCGCGGUGUUUGGGGAAAUUGCGGCAUCUGAGGACUUUGAGACUAGACAGAUGUGGCUUGGUCGAGUUAGGUUCAGGACUGAGGAAUUGUAAUUCGAUACGCGUGUUAGAUUUGAGUGGCAAUUGCAUCUCAGCGCUCUCUACGUCAUUAGCGUCGCUCUCAGGCUUAGUGGAACUGGACCUGUCGGGCAACGAACUUAAGAGAAUCCCGACCGGUGCGUUAGAUGGGUGCCGAGCGACGCUGGAAAGUCUGAAACUGUCAGACAACGAGCUCGGCGCGUCGCCGGUCCAGGAGCCCUCCGAGCUCGUGAACGGCGUUCAAAGAAAACUAAGACGAUUACCGGCCAAGAAGUCGAAGCGGAGCGGCCCGCUGGACGGGUUGCAGCGCUUCGCUUCUCUAAAAACAUUACAUGUGGCGGGCAACCGCUUUGCGUCCUUCGCGGCGUUUCCUUUGCUGUCCGAGCUGAACGAGCUGGACGUCGCGCGGAACCGCCUCGAGUCCCUCGGAGGGUUAUCAACGAAGUGUCCUGCCGUCGAUGUUUUAGAUGCGUCCGACAAUUGCAUCGGUGAUCUAGGGGGUCUGGCCGGAUCGCUGGGCGCCUUGUCUCAUUUAGCAGAACUGCGCUUGAAGGGCAACCCCUGCGUGCCUCUACAAAGACCAAAAUCGUCGAGACGGCCGCAGUCGCGGUCGAGACCAGUAUCGCGAGCCGGGACGAAGACGCCCGCCUGGGCCCUCGUCUGCGCGCGGGCCUGCACGACGCUCGAACUCUUAGAUGAUUUCCAGCUCAAGGACGGCGCAGCAGCCCCACCGUCGGACAAGAAGCCCCAUCCCGUGAGGCAGGUCGAGCCCAUGGCCGACACGGACGCACGGGCCCAGGAGUUCCGGGCCUUGUUGCAGGGGGCGCGAAGCACGUUGCGAGUUAUGGAGCAGAAGGAGGUCGCAUUGGUCGCGGGCGGGUGCAAGCCGCCACCAUCGAGGCCGAGACCGCCACCAAGAGAUUAUUCUACGAACAACGCGCUCGCGAAGAAAUUGUCAGGGCUGGAGCGCGCCCUGGCCUUCAACAAGACGAAGCCGGAGGUCGAGGUCACGAAGCCGGUGCUGGCGCCGGUGACGCCGCCCCAGGCCGUCGACCGGGCCUUCGCCGUCGACGAGGACGACGAGUCCUUCCUCGAGCGACGGCGGGAGGCCUGGGCCGAGGAGAAGGUCGAAGAGUUAGUUAUAGACUCGGAUAGCUCCGAUGACGAAGGUGUUGAGCAGAAGACGCCUGUUUUAGUUGCGCCCUCGCCGCUGCGAGAAUUGCCACCGGAGCUCCAGAAAACUUUGGACGUGUUUUUGACGAACACGGCGACGCCCGCGCAACUCAAGGAAGCGGCAGAAACGACCGCCGAGGCCCUGAAGGCUUGCUUGACGGCCGGCGGUCUCAAGGAGGAAUCUGAUUCUGAUAGUGUAGAUGAUCCCGAAGCAUUUGCGAUCAAGGCCAAGUACGAGUCCGCCAAGGUCGACUACGAGGCGGCCAUGAAGUCUGCCUUAGAUGAGAAGAGUGGAUUUGGGGAUAGUGAGGACGAGGACGCCCAAUGGCCGCCCGACGCGUCCGGUUUUAUGGGCACGGAGACGCCCGUGUCGUCGCCCCCGAAGCCCCGGAAGACGACGCCGCCGGUGGCAAGACGGCCUCCCAAGAAGAAGGCGGCCUUCGUCGUCCCGCGGCGGGGGUCCAAGGACGCGGUCCACCUCUAAGUUUGCAAGUAGUAGU